GGCUGAAGUAUUUCCCGCAUAAAAAGAACUGCUAUUGAUAAACAGAAAACUGAAUUUAGUUGUUUUUAAGUGUUGGAAUUCAGUUGAUCGCAAUCAUUUCAAAAUGCCAGCUUACCACUCGGAAAUCGAAGAGUUCCAUAGGCAGGUGGGAAACAUGGCAAUCUUGCCUCUUCGCACCAAAGUACGGGGGCCAGCGCCCAGCGUGAAUGCUGAUAACGACAUUAUCGAUGAGUCACUUUAUUAUUUCAAAGCAAACGUUUUCUUCCGCACAUACGAGGUCAAGUCAGAGGUGGAUCGCGUACUUAUCUACAUAACUCUCUACAUAACCGAGUGCCUGAAAAAGUUGGUGCGCUGCACGAGCAAGGAUCAGGGCCAACAGGAUCUUUAUGCCUUGGCCAUUUCGAGCUUUGCUUUACCUGGCGAUGCGGGUUUCCCGUUAAACUCGGUCUAUACCAAGCCGGACAAUGCCGAUCUCAUGCGUGAGUAUUUGCUGCAGUUGCGCCAGGAGACCGGCUAUCGGCUGCUUGAGAAGGUCUUCGAUACCACAGAUGGUAAGCCAAACAAAUGGUGGAUGUGCUUCGCGCGCAGGAAGUUCAUGGAGAAAAGCCUUUCGGGUCCCGCAUAAUAAGAAUAUUUCGAAAAUCGACUGUUAAAUCAAUUUGAAGACUGUUAGAAUGUUGUUGCAGCCUUGCUGCAUGCUGCGACAGUGUUGGUAAACGACCACCGUUCGUUACUAAGAGGGCGCCAAUUUUAAACAAUCAUGUAA